AAGGUUUUCCGGACCCGCCGCCGCCGACAGCAAUGACAACGCUCCCACCGCUAGCCGCGCUGUCCGAUGUAUCGCAGACGACGCGGGCAUUAGACACGCUCUUCGAGCCGUCUGCGAUCCUCCAGAAAACCCUCGCACCGGCCCUCGCGACCCGAUCCCAGCCGUGGGCGUCGUAUGAGGAUCUCAUCGAUGCGUCGUUAGCCGAGCUGUCCUCCUGGGACGACGCGCUCCGCGCCCAGUUCAUCGCCGGCCAUCCGCGCAUCGGGGAGACGCAGAACCUCUCCCAUCUCAGCGCAAAGGAGCAGGCGGCCAGAGCGACGCCGCCCGAGGUCCUUGCCCGUCUUGCGCACCUCAACAUGUGCUAUGAGCGGAGAUACCCGUCACUGCGGUAUAUCACGUUCGUCAAUGGACGCAGUAGGGCUGAGGUGGCACAUGAAAUGGAGGAUGCGCUGGGGAUUCCACAUUCACUUGAUCCACAUUCUCCUCCCCUCGAAGAGAUCAUUCCCAUCACAGCAGGCGACCCUAUUUGGAGGUCGGAGCUGGACCGGGCGGUAUCGGACAUAGGUCACAUUGCGACAAGUCGGUUGACUAGCUUACGUGUAAUGGAGGAGAGGUGAUAUCAAGGAAGUAUAUCAGCGGAAGAGUCAAUAUCAACGACAUGAAGAAAGAGCGUUCGACACAUAGACAACAGCUCACGGACGGGACAUAAGUACAACAAGCUCACAACAUAAUGGAAGCCGCCAAUAAAAACGAGAUAACUCAGUGGGCGCAUAAUAACGCAAUCAUAGGGAGGUUCAAGAAGGGACGGGUGGAGGAGAAUGUGGGUUGGUUGUGUUCGUGGGUUCCUGGCG